CAAGAUUCCCCUGCUCUCUUUCUAGGAAGGAUGCUGUUGUUAUAGUUGGAAUAGCUAAUAUGGAUUCCAAAGUGAUUGCUCACCAAGAGUAUCCAAUCAGUACCAUCAUCAUCCAUGAGGACUUUGAUAAUAAAACAAUGAGCAAUAACAUAGCCCUCCUGAAGACAGACACGGCGAUGGAGUUCAACAACCUGGUCCAGUCCAUCUGCUUCCUGAGCAGCGAGAUGCAUGAGCCACCAGCCUUGUGGAACUGCUGGGUGGCAGGAUGGAAUCCCACAUCUGCAACAGGAAAACACAUGACGAUGAGUAUCCUGAGGAAAAUCUCUGUGAAAGACACCUACCCAUGUCCCUUACAGAAACUCCAGAAAACAGGAUGUGGCAUUCACAUGGAACAGGAAACAGACGACGUCUGCUUGGGAGACCCAGGAAACCCAAUGAUGUGCCAGCUCCAGCAUUUGAAUCUGUGGGUGCUGACAGGAAUCCUGACCCAAGGUGGGGAGCAAUGCCCUGGCCUCUUUCUGUACAUCAGAGUGGAAGACUACAGCGACUGGAUCACGACCAAGACUUGGGGGACCAGCCUUCCCCUGUCUUCCCUCAACCCCCGGGAGAAUUUGAUUCCUUUUUCCAGCCACUCCUCACGUGCCGCUGUGACACAGGAAAAACAUUCUGGGCAGGAGCAGGUUGGAUGGUCCCAGGCAAACUCCCCAGGACAAGAAAGUACCACCAUAUAUUCAUGGCCAGCAAACAGCUCUGGAGAGAGUCUAGACUUUAGGGAAAAGGGCCUAAGGGAAUCAGUUGGCUCUCCUGACACGGCCGGACAAUCCAUGUACUAUGACUAUUACGGUGGGGAGAUUGGGUCUAUUUCAGGUCAGAAUAGCUUAUAUCAGCCCCAAGAAAUUAUCUUGUUUUUCUUUGUGCUUGUUUUCUUUUGCAAUGCUAUCUACCCUAGGAGCUAACUCUCCAAACUGAGGAAUAAGCUCAGAAUGCUGAGUGCCAGGCAUUCACCGUGCUGUUUGGUGUCUGUUUUUGACAGUUAUAUAACGGGGCUGCCACAGACUGGCCCAGGGCACAUACUGGGCUGGCUC